AUGGCCUGGCUGCCCUUCUGCCUGCUGCCCCUCUUGCUGUCCACAGGUCUCUGUGCUCCUGUUGUGCUCACCCAGCCCCCAUCUGCCUCUGCCGCCCUGGGGGCCUCGGCCAAGCUCACCUGCACCCUGAGCCGGGAGCACAGCACCUAUAAUAUUCGCUGGUAUCAGCAGAGAGCAGGACAGGGCCCUCGGUUCAUCAUGUAUCUUAAGAGUGACGGAAGCACCACCAAGGGGGACGGGAUCCCCGAUCGCUUCUCGGGCUCCAGCUCCGGGGCCGACCGCUACCUGACCAUCUCCAGCCUCCUGCCUGAGGACGAGGCUGAGUACAUCUGUGGAGUGGGCUAUAGCAUUGAUGGCCAGGUUGAUUAA